AUGUCAAUGAAGCAAAGUGGCCAUGGCCAUAGCUUGGAUCAAUUUUUGCCUCAUCAAAGUCCUGGAACACUGGGAGCAAGCUGUGUCGCAUGCCCGGAUCCUGGUUUCAAUAUGGCACCAGACUGGAAAUCAACUCCAAAAGAGCUUGUAUAUAUCCAUUGGCUAUUCUUAGCUAUGGAUGGAAACUUUCGGUUACAGUGA